CGGAAAUUUUUAACUUUUUUGGUCAAUUUCGUGACUUCGCUCGUUCGGGAAUCGUGCUCGUUUUGUGUAAUUUCGUGAUGAUGUUGAACGAAGAGGUAGACGACACGGAGUUCUUCCAGCAGGACUUUACGACCGCCUCGGAUUGGGAACUGUUUAAUGCUCGGCUCGAGGAGAUCUUUCACGAGUGGAAAUUGUCGUUUGGUCAGGCGGGUUUCCGGGCUCUCCAGCACCACGAGCUGGUUCGCUGUGAAUGGAACGUCCAGCGUGAGACGAUCAAAUUCACGGACGUGGAGCUGGAGGUGGCGCACUAUCGGGCUAUCCUUCCGGAGGGACCACCAGACAGCCAGCCAGGAUGCCAGGCGUUCGUAGAUCUCAUGUCGAUCGAGAACGAUUAUUGUGUGGCCGUCGGAGGGGACGAGCUGCAUCCCUUGGCGCAGUGGUAUGGCCUGCGAGAGUUCGUGGUCGUCGCACCGGUCAAGAAAUCCAUCUCGAACGAAAGCCAAAUCCGUAUCCUGAUGAGCUCGGUUCAUAUUGCCGUCGCGGAGAGCAGCUGCGAUGUGCCCGUCUUUGUGCAGGUCAUGGACAAGGUACAGAACGUGUUCCUGGGCGUCUGUGAGUCCGGCUCGGUUCGGCUGUCCUUCGAUAUUGUGCACCUCCAUCUGACGCCUCCAACCUGCAAGUAUCUGUCGGGAUUGCUGGAGGUGUUUAAGGGAAAGAUUGGCAUCGCGUACGUCGAUCCGGUGGCCGUCUCGGUACGGUUCACCUACUCGUUGGCCCAUUUCGGAACGAGCGCAUACGUGAGCGAGAGGGUGAUCCCGUUCGCUGAAAGAACUGGAAUCGAAAUGGCCUCCGUAUCGCUACCCUUCGGUGUCGCGAUCGAUCCGCUGGCCAAACUGAUCGUACACUGCACCUGGCCACAGGUGGCCGAUAAUGUGGUCGUCGAUUCGCAGACCUACUCCGAUUUCGAUCCCAUGACUGCUCCCUUGUGGAGCCUGCGGGUGCAGCUCGAAGACACUCCGGUCUGCUAUCUGGCCGAGUGUCUGGGCGAGUAUCUGCAGAUCGUCGACUCGCGCCGUGCACUGACGGAGUAUUUCAGCGAACUGGCAUUCGGUGCCAAGCAGAACCUUCCCGGUACGCACAAUCCGCUCGAUCUGCUGACGGAAUCCAAGAUACCGAGUCUCAGCUCGGUGCUACCGACGAUCGGGGGUGGAAGUGGUGGCAGUAAGAAGCCCGCAAAGCUCGAAGGACCACUGACGGACGAGCAACUGAAGGAUAUGCUGUACUAUCUGUUCCCGGACGCGGAAAAACCGGUGCCCCGUUGGCCGUACCCGACCAUUAGUGGACGAGCGGCCGAGUUCGAUCCACUGAAAAUCAAAUCCGCCGAUCCGGACUCACUGGUGCACCGACUAGCGACGUUGCUCGCACUGUGCAAUGCCUACUUCGGUGGAAAGCGUGCCCUGGCGCAGCUGUGGGCCGAGUUUACGCAGGAGAUGCGAUACCGCGUGGAACGCUGCAUCCAGAUACCGGGUGUUGCUGGAGGAUUUCCGGACUCGCGAACCUGUUUGCUGCACCAGAAGCUGCAGAUGCUGAACGUUUGCAUGGAGCGGCGCACGCUGCGGGAAGGGGGACUGCCAUUUUCGAUGACCUCGGGGGCCCCGACCUCUGGCCUAUCGGGCGCCGGUACCGGUACGGCAGGAGGUGACUCCGAUGAAGAGUUCUUCGAUUGUGAUGAAGAAGAGCAGGAACGAGCGGCUGCGGCGGCGGCGGCGGCUGCUGCUGCUGCCAGCGGUGAACCGGUCGGGCGGUUGUCCCGACUAGGCAAGAUGCUGCUGGUCGGUUCCGAUGAACCGCUCUACAUCCCCGUCACGCAAGAACCCGUCCCCAAGACGGAGGAUCAGCUGGAAGAUGAUGCCGAAGUGCUGCUCAAGCUCGGACCGGACAGUGAGCUACGGACGCAGAUGAUGAGCGCUUCGUUGCUCUCGGAUGCGGAAGCAUUCAAGGCGGCCAAUCCGACCGCACAGCUCGAGGAUUUUAUCCGCUGGUACAGCCCACGGGAUUGGAUCGAAGAUGAACCGAUCGAUGAGCAGGAUCCGUUCGGUCGCCGUGGCCACCUCAGCCCCCGGAUGCUCAUUCCGGGUAAUACCUGGCGUACGGUGUGGGACAGUGCCCGCCCCGUGCCAGCCCGUCGUCAGAAGCGUCUGUUCGAUGAUACGAAGGAAGCGGAGAAGGUUCUUCAUUUUCUGGAGUCGCGCACGAUCGGACAAAUCGCACAGCACACCAUGGCUACGCUGUUUCACGUGGCGCUCUUGACGGUCCGACAAGCGGCCACACCUGAUCGUGGUGCCAUUCCACGGUACGGUGAAACGAUUGACAAGCUAACGACGACCUGUUGCCGACUGUCCCGGGAAAACUGGUCCACGGGAAGUAGUUCCAGUUCCGGUGGUGGUGGUCCUUCGACGCGUGUUAAUUCCCAAACCAAAUACGAGCUGUUACUGGGGGAAUUGAUGCAGCUGGAGUGCUGUGUAGAACAGGUGAGAAGUCUGCGCCUGAAACUGUUCGAAACGGACGAAAGUUUGCCGGUCGAAGCGGCGGCGGGCGAAUCGACGGACGAGAAGCUCAUCGAAAGCUUGUUGCUUGGGAACGAGAGUGAGCUGCUAGAUGGCGCUGGCAGUGAAAUCGCGGCGAAAAUGCUGGCGAUGUUCGCCGAGGCGAAGCGUGCCGCGAACCAGCAAGGCAGCGCGGGAACACCAUCCGAGCAGCCGGGAACCGCAGGAGCAGGAAAUGUGUCGCUGCCGGAUCCAGUGGAGAAGCAGUUUACGCUGCGGCUGUGUGGCAACACCGUUAGCAAAGGCCCCGGAACGCCACAAUUCUUGAGAGCGAUUCUGAUGCCACAAGAGUUCCGUCUGUGCGGUGCAUUCAGCCGGAACACAACUUUCUACUAGCGCUAGCGCUCAGCUCAGCUCACCGUGGGUUUCCGCGUAUUCCUGUAAUCGUUAACAAACAUUAAAUGAUAACCAAAUAGGCACGUUCGUAUCGCUCCGUGUGAUAUUCAAUUAUGCAGCAAUAAAUAUUAAUAAUCACUGUU